GUGUAUGUGUGUGCGUGCGCGCGCGUGCGUCUUAGCUUAGCCGCUAGCUGGGUCUUAGAUUGAUGUGUACAUGUGUAAAUGCGGUGUGUGUUUUCCAGUUGAGAAGUCAAACCGGAGCUCGGUUCCCCCAUGGCGGGCGGGGGAGGAACGGCCCCUCCACUGUGGUAUCACCGGGACCUGAGCCGCGCCGCCGCCGAGGAGCAGCUGGCCCGAGCUGGCCGAGACGGGAGCUUCCUGGUCCGGGACAGUGAGAGUGUGAGCGGCGCCUACGCACUGUGUGUGCUAUACCAGAAGCAUGUUCACACAUACAGAAUCCUACCUGAUGAGGAGAACUUCCUAGCAGUACAGACAUCUCAGGGAGUGCAGCCAAAGAGGUUUAAGACACUGUCUGAGCUGAUUCAACUCUACCUUCAACCUAACCAGGGUCUUGUCACCACCCUGCUGCUGCCUGUGGAGAGAGAAGAGUUGACAGAUGAGAGAGACUAUUCAGAUGGAGAGGAUGAUAAACCCCCCCUUCCUCCUCGGACUGGCUCUUGUAGCUCUGCUCUUGUCAGUACAGACACUCCCACAGAAAGUGUGUCAGUAGGGAAUGGGUUGAGUACAAUUUCUCAUGAGUAUCUUAAGGGCAGCUAUGCGUUGGAUUUGGAGGCAGUUAAACAGGGAGCGAGCAGUCUGCCUCACCUCAACAAAACACUGGUGUCAUCAUGCAAACGCCUGCACGGUGAGGUGGAUAAGGUGUUGUCUGGAUUGGAGAUCCUGUCUAAGGUGUUUGAUCAGCAAAGUGCCUCCAUGGUGUCCAGGAUGAUUCAGCAGUCUGUGAGUCAGGGUGGAGAUCAGGAACUGGAGAGUCUCGUCACUAAACUGGCCAUCCUCAAAGACCUACUGUCUUCCAUAGAGAAAAAGGCUCUGAAGGCUCUACAGGAUAUGAGUGUGUCGUCUCCCCUUACCCCCCUGACACGCCACAGCAAGGCCAUUCCUGUUCAGGCCUUUGAGGUGAAGCCAGACAUGUACCUGGCUGAACUGGCUAAAAUAGGGAAGAGUCAGAAACACACACUCAGCGUUGAUGUGGAGGCGGGAAAACUGGUGGUGAUGAAGAAAGUGAAGGACACACAGGAGGACUGGACCACCUACACCCAUGACAAGAUCAGACAGCUAAUAAAGUCACAGAGAAUGCCAAAUAAACUGGGCAUCGUGUUUGAGAAGGAGAAGGACAAGAGCCAGAGAAAAGACUUCAUCUUCCCAAGUGCUAAAAAAAGGGAAGCAUUCUGUCAACUUCUGCAGCUGAUGAAGAACAAACAUUCCAACCAGGAUGAGCCGGACAUGAUCUCCAUCUUUAUAGGGACAUGGAACAUGGGCAGCGUUCCUGCUCCGAAGGCUGUUGGUUCCUGGCUCUUAUCUCGAGGUUUGGGUAAAACUCUGGAUGAGAUGACGGUCACGAUUCCUCACGAUAUCUACGUGUUUGGUGCUCAGGAGAACUCAGUGUGUGAUAAGGAGUGGGUAGAGAGCCUGCGAGCUGCGCUUAAAGACUACACCGAGAUCGACUACAAACCGAUUGCUGUACAGACUUUGUGGAACAUAAAGAUUGUCGUUUUGGUGAAGCCGGAACAUGAGAACCGGAUCAGUCACGUUGGGAUGUCCAGUGUCAAAACAGGAAUUGCCAACACGCUGGGUAAUAAAGGGGCAGUGGGUGUGUCCUUCAUGUUUAAUGGAACGUCAUUUGGUUUUGUCAACUGUCACCUGACGUCUGGAAAUGAAAAGAUCCACAGGCGGAACCAGAAUUACCUGGACAUCUUGCGUCAGCUCUCACUGGGGGACAAACAGCUCAACUCCUUUGACAUUUCACUGCGCUUCACACACCUGUUCUGGUUCGGUGACCUCAACUACAGACUGGACAUGGACAUACAGGAAAUCCUGAACUACAUAAACAGGAAGGAGUUUGAGCCACUGCUGAAGGUGGACCAGCUCAAUUUGGAGAGGGAGAAGAAUAAGGUCUUUCUCCGCUUCGCGGAGGAGGAAAUCACAUAUCCACCCACAUACCGAUAUGAGAGAGGAUCCAGAGACACCUACGUCUGGCAGAAGCAGAAAGCCACAGGGAUGAGGACGAAUGUGCCGUCAUGGUGUGACCGGAUCCUGUGGAAGUCUUAUCCAGAAACACACAUCGUCUGUAACUCCUAUGGGUGCACAGAUGACAUUGUCACCAGUGACCACUCACCUGUGUUUGCAACGUUUGAGGUGGGCGUGACCUCACAAUUUGUCUCGAAAAAAGGUUUGCCUAAAUCCUCAGAGCAGGCAUAUAUUGAGUUUGAGAAUAUCGAGGCCAUCGUUAAGACAGCCAGCAGAACUAAGUUCUUUAUUGAGUUCUACUCAACGUGUCUGGAAGAGUUUAAGAAGAGUUAUGAGAAUGACUCUCAGAGCAGUGAUAAUAUAAACUUUCUGCGUGUGAGCUGGUCAUCAAAGCAGCUGACCACACUGAAGCCCAUUUUGUCUGACAUUGAGUACCUGCAGGACCAACACCUGCUGCUCACGGUCAAAUCCCUUGACGGAUAUGAGUCUUAUGGAGAAUGUGUGCUGGCACUGAAGUCAAUGAUUGGCAGUACAGCUCAGCAGUUCCACACAUAUCUGUCUCACCGUGGUGAAGAGACCGGCAACAUUCGGGGGUCCAUGCGGGUCAGGGUGCCUUCUGAGAGAAUGGGGACCAGAGAGAGACUAUAUGAGUGGAUCAGUGUAGAUAAGGACGAGACCGGAGGGCCAAAAGGGAAAACACUGCCCUCUAGAGCUGGACAUGAUUACAUCAAGCCCACACUUACCAGGAAGGAGCUAAGUAAAGUUUCAGAGGAGGGAGAAAGAAACACUACAGGACGACCUACAUAUACACAUACUACUGCUAAAGAGGAAAACACACAGACCAGGUCAAAGCAGGCGGAGUCUACAGACGGAGAUGCCUCUAUGUGCAAAAAUAGCUUCAACAACCCUGCCUACUACAUUCUUGAGGGUGUUCCUAACCAAUCUGCUGCCUUAGCUGCAGGCACUGCCCUCUCUCCACCAGCUUCAUAUAAAUCACCACCCUCUGCAGGCGGAGCUGGAAAAUGCAAAGGUUCCAUCCAGGCACGUAAACAGACAGGUGGCUGCCCACCGCAGUCCAUUAGUGAGGAGGGGGGAUCCUCUGAGGAAGAUGGAAGUUGCGGGUUAACCCGGCCACCUCCAGAUUUCCCUCCCCCGCCUCUCCCUAAAAGUGCUCAUGACAUGCCAGACACCUCGUUUUUUCCAAAAGAGAGCAAAAGUCGUCUACACCCUGAUCUGGCAGACAUUAAGAUUUCAUCAUCUGUCUCCUCUAAGCCUCUCCCGUCUCCCAGCUUUGCCACACCUUCUACAGGAGGCGGAGCUUUCAGUCUGGACCCUUCACCAGGGCCCUCAGCUUUUAGAAGAGGAGGCGGGGCUUCUGGAGCUGAUGACCAAUCAUGUUCAGUACUUCAUCUGGCCAAGAAACUGAGUGAAGUGGAAUAUGUGGCCGGGGUUGGAGGUGUUGGAGGGGCAGCACUUAAAGGGGGCGGGGCCAUUCACAGCCGAGGUUUGGGAUUUAGUGAAAGCUGUCGCACUUUUCCCCCUCGGGCCAUCCCAGAAGAGAUCAUGGAUGAGGACCUACCAGAGGAGGCCCUGUGGCAGGGUGGUAGCAGCAGUAGCAGUCUGUCAGUGGACUCCAGUGUGGGUGAUUGGCUGCAGAGACUCGGACUGGAGCGCUAUGAGGAGGGACUGCUGAGGAAUGGCUGGGACGACCUUGAGUUCCUCAGUGACAUCACUGAAGAGGACCUGGAGGAGGCAGGAAUUCUAGACUCUGCCCACAAGAAGAUUCUUUUGGCCAGUUUGAGACAACAGCAGCAGAAGUGAGCAGAAAAACUGCCUCAUCAUUAACAUCAUCUUUAUCCUCCAUCAUCAUCUCCCACUCAACAGUGUUUAAAGCAAAGUCAACAUUUCAGACACUAAUUCAGUUUCACUACAGGCUGCAUACCUGCAAUGGGGAUCAACUAUCCUGACCGAGGAAGAAGUGAUAUCAUCAGAGUGUGUCUGAGAGCUUCGUCCACAUUCCUUAUGUUUUCUCUGUUGGGUGAUUGGCUUAUUUAGUUUACUAUUUUAGUGUUAAUGCUUUUAAUAAAGAAAAGGGAAAGAAAGAAGCCAAAUUCAAUGAUGAUUAGUUUUUAAACUUUAUUGUGUGUGUGUGCAUGUGAGAGAGAGAGAGAGAGAGAAAUGACACUUGUAAGUUUUCUUUUGUUGUGUGUGUGUUUUCUGAGGCAUUUCUAGAGUGAAUACACUUUGUGGCUUCUCGCUCAAUUUUCUUGAAAAUCCUAAACAUUGAACACUAGUGUUAAUGUGCCUGGGAAUCGUGUGGUUUAUAAAAGACCAACACAAUGUAAAUGUUACAAGUUUGGGAGCGUUAGCACAGGUUUUUAUUAUUUUUAGCGCACACUAUGUCGUCAUAAUCUCCGUGUUAUCUGGAGUUAUCGGAAGUAGCCACCAGGCGGUGCUGCACAUUUUUAAGGGAUUUAUAUAUGUUACGAGUUAGUGCAGGGGAAAACUGACCCCUGAUCUGUAAUGUGAGUGAGAAAAACGCUGAGUGUUUGUUCCAGAUUUUUCUAGAUAAUUGAACAUGAAAUUAACUCUAACACACCACAUACUGUUCACUGUAGAGUUAGUCUCAAAGUCUACUGUGCUUUGCGCUGUGUGACUGUAUAUAUGUUAAAAUUGUGCCAUGUUUUAAUUUUUAAAAAAUUUCUCUUUGUGUUCAGUUUAUGUCGCAGUCUGUAACUCUGUUUUUAUUAAUGACUUUAAGUUAAUAUUUGUGAAUUGUCGUCGAAUGACCAUGUGAAUAAAAAAAACAACUAACGACUGA